AUGGCGGUCUUGCCCAAUGCAGUCGCUGCAUACAAGCAGAAGCGAUUCGACACUGCGGCGCUCGAAGCUAUGAAAGCAUACGACGCGGGAAUCCAUUCUGUGCCCUCUCGAGCGAUGCUCAACGCAAGCGACAAGGCAAUCAUUGCUCAGAACCCUCCUCAAUUCAACGCAAAAGAGCUGGCUAAGCAACUUGUUGAGUACAAGCUCAUCCGAAGAGAGCCUCGUCCAGUCAAGCAGCCUCCAGUCGCCCAGCAUCCAGCCGAGCAGUGUCUUGUCGAGCAGCGUCUAGUCGCGCAGCGUCGCGACUUGGAUGUCGAGAUAGCGGAAGCCGCUGGCUUCCAUCGAGCCAUGAACAUCUGGAGCAAUCUGCCUCGCCAGGGUAUAUUCUUCAGCGACGCCCAGAGCGACCUGCGCCGUCAGGCCGCCAAGCUAGCCGACUUACUCGCGCCGUACAACAUAGAGGAUCCUAGGUCCCUGCCUGGCAAGUUCAGCGGUUUCCAGAGUGGACUCAGGUGUCCGACACGGCUUAGCCUUCAAACAGCUGGACCAAGGGAUCUUGUACCGCAAGUCAGUUACUACGAUGAGUUCUUGAACAUCUUGAACAGAAGCUAG